GGGCCGGGCCGAGGCCGCUCUUGCCGCCGGGGGUAACCAGGCGUCCGGGCCCGGGCCGCGCUCCCUGCUGCGAGGCCGGAGGCCGGAGCCCGCCCGCGGUUCCGCGGCAGCAGCCGGGCAUGGCGGCCCCCGGGAGCGGCCCGGAGCUGGGCUCGGCGCCCCGGCACGUCGGCACCGCGGAGCCCCCGGACACGGGGUGGGAGCGGCUGCGGGAGCUCUGGCACCGCGAUGAACUACAGCAGUACCCAGAAGAAACUCUCAACAUUAUCAAAGCUACGUUUUCAGGGGCUGUCAUUGGCUGGAUGUAUGGAGGUUUGCCGGCUUUUCAGCAUGCGAAGACACAAUAUAUUGAGCGGAGCCAAGCGGAGAUUUUUCAGAACCGUCUGGAUGCUGUGCAAUCUGCACAUCGUGCUGCACUCAGGGGAUUCAUCCGUUACGGCUGGCGCUGGAGCUGGAGAAUUGCUACUUUUGUGGCAAUAUUUAACACAGUGAGCACUGGUCUGUCCGUGUACCGCAAUAAAACCACCUUCAGUCACUUCGCUGCCGCAGGAGCCUUUACAGGAGGCCUGUUCAGAAUGCAUUUGGGCCUGAGCAAAAUGGCAGCUGGCAGUGUCCUUGGAGCAGCAUUCGGCAUCCCUGCAGGAGGGCUGUUGAUGGCAGUGCAGAAGCUCGCUGGUGAGAGCAUACAGGAGAAAAGACUACGUGAAAGAAGAUUGCUGCAUGAACAGAAGUUAGCAGAGUGGAAAGCUAGGCUUAAUGUUACUGAAGCUGACUUGAAAGAAAUUGUCAGUAACACUCAGGAAGGAACCAUGGAGAGAGAUAUCGAGAAGAUCCAAGAGUUGUUAAAUCUUCCCAAGAACCCUCUGCCAUCGAAAGAUGAGAACUAGUCUGAGCUCUGACUUCAGUCAAGGCAUCUUGGAACACUGGCAUGAAUCUAUUUCUGUAUCCAUUGUUUUCGGCAGCAGCAGUUUGACAACAAUGUUGUGGAUAUGUAUCAUGACGGAGGGAGGGUUCAGGAUCUUCAACUGGAGUAAUGACCAGUGAGCUGUGUUUUGUGUGGGGGCAGCAACAGAACUCUUAGUGACUACUUCACACUUGAAUGCCCUGGGCCACAUCUUAAUGCAAUAUACACAGAGAAAGGGGGGUUCAUUAGUGCUGCAAGAGUGCAUAUCCUUAUGCCACUGUAGUGAGUGGCAUGAUGGCAGAGUCUAGGAGCUGCCACUCUCCCAAAGAAGCCUGUAAUGACAUUUUUAUCCUUAUUUGAAAACAGAAUUCAGUUUUGGUGAAACUGGCUGCACUGAUAGCGCUGGAGUCCUGCUUAUCCAUUGGCCAGGUGCAGUAUGGGCAAUGCCCAUGCUAGUUCCCUCCACUCUAUUUCUUCAGCGUACCUCAACCCUGCUCCGCUAGGAACAGUGCUACAGGUUGGAAGAGUUUGGUAACUGUGGCCUACUCAGGCUUUAAGCGUUUUGCAGAAAUAAAUGGUUCUCAGUUUUCCAAA